AUGUCUGACGGAGGGGAUAGCCCACGUGCCGCUCCCGCGGCGGAGCCCGUCGCUGCCGCCCCCGGCGAGCCUAUGGACGUGAACACCGCCGUGCAGCAGGUACUGAAGAAGGCCCUGGCCCACGACGGUCUGUCCCGCGGCCUGCACGAGGCUGCUCGCGCCAUCGAGCGCGGCCAGGCCCAGCUGGCUGUGCUGGCCGACGACUGCAACCAGCCCGACUACAAGAAGCUGAUCGAGGCUCUCUCCGCCGAGCAGGGCGUGUCCCUGAUCUCCGUGCCCGAGGCCUCCGAGCUCGGCAAGUGGGCCGGCCUGUGCAAGAUCGACGCUGAGGGCGAGGCCCGCAAGGUGGUCAAGUGCUCAUGCGCAGUGGUCACCGACUACGGCGAGGAGACGCCCGCCCUGGUGGUGCUGCAGGAGUACCUGAAGUCCCGCUGA